AACAAUGAUGGUUGACAGUGUCAUGCAAGUUAUAAUGAGAAGCUUCCAAGUCAAGGCAAUCUUUGUUAUCAUAAUCUCAUGUAAUAGAUUGAGUACUUUGCCUUUACAACAUUUCACGAGUUUAGGUUAGACCUUUAAACUUAACGCAUUAUUUUCGUUCAAGUUAUCUCAUAACCCGAAGAUAUUUGUUACCACAAAAAAAAAACACAACAACAAAUAUAUCUGAAUUAAUUUGAAUGGUCGUUCAACAUACACAACAAUACAGGAAACUGAGCUCCACAUCAGCAGACAUAUCUCUUCGGGACUCUACAUUUUACAUUGAUAGAAUGAAAUCUGUGGUCAAACUUCUUGUUAUCCAAACAUUACUUCUCCUCCCUACACUCAACUCCACUGUAUUCCACGUGCUCCUCCAUCCUACACCGUCCGAUGAGCUUACUUUGACUUUCUUCUCCCAAUCAGAUUGCUUAAUCUCAAUUCGCGCCUCACUCCAUAAAUACAAAUCUCUUAUCUUCCUUCUUUCCUCCACACUCUCUCUAAACCCUAGAAAAAUGGCGGAAUCAACCGGAGUGGUGGCGGUUUACGGCGAAGGAUCCAUGACCGAGACGAAGCAGCAAUCUCCCUUCUCCGUCAAGGUCGGCCUCGCUCAGAUGCUCCGCGGCGGCGUGAUCAUGGACGUCGUCAACGCCGAGCAAGCGCGAAUCGCCGAAGAGGCCGGCGCCUGCGCCGUCAUGGCUCUCGAGCGCGUCCCCGCCGAUAUCAGAGCCCAAGGCGGCGUCGCGAGGAUGAGCGAGAUCAAAGAGAUCAAACAUGCCGUUACGAUUCCGGUCAUGGCCAAAGCUCGGAUCGGCCACUUCGUGGAGGUGCAGAUCCUCGAGUCCAUCGGAGUCGAUUACGUCGACGAGAGUGAAGUCCUCACUCUCGCCGACGAGGACAACCACAUCAACAAGCACAACUUCAAGAUCCCGUUCGUUUGCGGAUGCAAGAACCUCGGGGAAGCGUUGCGGCGGAUCCGCGAAGGAGCCGCCAUGAUAAGGACCAAAGGAGAGGCCGGGACGGGGAACGUCGUGGAGGCCGUUAGGCACGUGAGGAGCGUGAUGGGAACGAUAAGGUUGCUGAGAGGCAUGGAUUGAGUUGAUGACGAGGUGUUCGCUUACGCGAAGAAGAUCGUUGCGCCUUAUGAGUUGGUUAUGCAGACGAAGCAGCUCGGGAGAUUACCAGUGGUUCAGUUCGCCGCCGGGGGGGUUGCGACGCCGGCGGACGCGGCGCUGAUGAUGCAGCUGGGGUGUGAUGGAGUGUUUGUCGGGUCGAGGAUUUUCAAGAGUGGAGAUCCAGCGAAGCGUGCGAAGGCGAUCGUGCAGGCGGUUACGAAUUAUAGAGACGCGGCGGUGCUGGCGGAGGUGAGCUGUGGGUUGGGUGAAGCUAAGGUUGAGAGGUUCGCGAACCGGUCUAGUAAACCAAUCAGAGAAUUUAAAUGUUUUAUUUCGGUUUAAUUUGUAAGAUUGGGGUUCGCUUGUAUUCGUGCUCUAAAUGUUAUGUUUGGGUCCACUGGGCUUUACUGUUUGGGAACAAUGGGCUUUGUUAUUAAAAUUCAGAUAUGUUUUGUUUCUUUC